CGCUCGCCAGUGGGGGAGGACGGAGCUGUCAGCGCUGCUGCUGCUGCUGCUGCUUAGCAGCUCGGAGCAAAAGUAACCAGAGAGAGAGAGAGGGAGAGAGGGGGAGAGAGAAUCAAAUGGCUGUCAGCACCUAGUGUGACCCAGGAGAAAGAGAAGGGAAGAGGGACAACAAAAAAGAAGCAGGGGAGAAGGUUUCUUGCGCUGGCCAUCAGCUUGCAAUGGGGCUUUAUCAAUGAAACGCUCCUUCAUUCCAGCACCUCGUCCCCCAGUCAAUGAUGAAGAAACAGUUCAAUCGGAUGCGACAGCUCGCCAACCAGACGGUGGGCAGAGCUGAAAAGACAGAAGUAUUAACUGAAGACCUGCUGCAGGUAGAGAAACGACUGGAGCUGGUAAAACAAGUCUCCCACAGCACUCACAAAAAGCUCACAGCAUGUCUACAGGGACAACAAGGUGUAGACGCCGACAAACGCUCUAAAAAGCUCCCAUUAACAACAUUAGCCCAAUGUUUAGUGGAAGGUUCUGCCAUUUUGGGUGAAGAUUCUUUACUAGGGAAGAUGCUGAAGAUGUGUGGUGAUACAGAGGACAGGCUAGCCCAGGAACUCAUCCUCUUCGAGCUACAGAUAGAACGGGAUGUGAUAGAGCCACUGUUUGUGUUAGCUGAGGUGGACAUUCCUAAUAUCCAAAAACAGAGAAAACAUUUAGCGAAACUAGUAUUGGACAUGGAUUCGGCUAGAACACGGUGGCAACAAUCUUCAAAGUCAUCAGGGCUGUCGAGCAAUCUGCAGUCAUCUGGUGCCAAGGCUGAUGCACUCAGGGAAGAAAUGGAGGAAGCAGCAAAUCGAGUGGAGAUCUGCAGGGAUCAACUGGCAGCGGACAUGUACAGUUUUGUGGCCAAAGAAAUAGACUAUGCAAAUUAUUUUCAGACAUUAAUAGAAGUGCAAGCAGAAUAUCACAGAAAGUCAUUAGUGCUUUUACAGAGUAUACUGCCUCAAAUUAAAGCACAUCAAGAGGCUUGGAUAGAAAAACCUUCAUUUGGGAAGCCGCUGGGCGAGCACCUUGCAAUAAGUGGAAGAGAAAUCGCAUUUCCUAUUGAGGCCUGUGUGACCAUGUUGCUGGAGUGCGGCAUGCAGGAGGAGGGCCUGUUCAGAGUAGCUGCUUCUGCCUCCAAACUGAAAAAGCUGAAGGCUUCCCUUGACUGUGGUGUGCUGGAUGUACAAGAAUACUCUGUGGAUCCUCAUGCUGUAGCAGGAGCCCUUAAAUCGUACCUUCGAGAGCUACCAGAACCAUUGAUGACGUUUGAAUUGUAUGAUGAGUGGAUACAGGCUUCAAACAUUCAAGAUCCGGACAAGCGGCUUCAAGCUUUGUGGAAUGCAUGUGAGAAACUACCCAAGGCAAAUUAUAACAAUUUCAGGUACUUGAUAAAAUUUUUAGCCAAGCUAACUGAAUAUCAAGAUGCCAACAAAAUGACACCUGGUAACAUGGCAAUUGUACUGGGACCCAAUCUGCUCUGGACAGCCAAUGAAGGGUCUAUGACAGAAAUGAUGACAACAGUCUCGAUACAGAUUGUGGGGAUCAUUGAACCCAUCAUACAACAUGCCGAUUGGUUCUUCCCAGGAGAUAUUGAAUUUAAUGUCACUGGAAGCUAUGGAAGUCCGGUGCACACCAACCAUAAUGCAAAUUACAAUUCAAUGCCCUCUCCGGAUAUCGAUCACUCUGACCGCAAGCAACACGACCCAGGCAGACGACCACUCAGCGUUGCUACUGACAACAUGAUGCUGGAGUUUUAUAAAAAGGAUGGCAUGGGUGUGAGGGUAAUGGACACAUCCUGGGUGGCCCGCAGAGGCUCCUCCAUUGUCCGAAAAACAUCCUCUACCCCGCCUGGCACUCAGCCCCCUCCUCCGCCCGCUGAUCUUGCUGCUUCGUGUCAGUCGCCAAUCCCUGAGCAGUCUAUAGAAAAUUCCUCUUCUCCCCCCCCAACUCCUCCUCCUAGCGGCCCACUACCUGGGGCUGAACGAGCAAGCACAGACGAGUUGUCUUCCAAUUGGUUGGAUUCCUGCUACUCUUACCCUUCCCCAGAGAAUGACAAACCUCCUUUCUCUCCUUGCCACCAGCAUGCCCACCAUUUAUACCAUAAGGCUCAGCCAUCUGCUUGGCCUGAGGGUGUACCCCAGACCACCUCCCCUCAACGGUGGUCAGGGUACAGCCCAACCUUGCUCACUCAGCCUCCCUCCCCACAGCAGCUUGACGUCAACUCGAACCCUAAGCCGUGCUCCCUGCACCUCCCUAAGCAAAGUCCCCUCACCGACUCGCAUGUAUCUGAAACUAAUGUCUCACCUGUCUACAUCAAAACCCCUUUACUCCUAACCAAGCACGACCUUUGUGGUACCCCCUUUAACCCUUCCAUGUCAGCCCCUCCCCCAUGGGUCGGCUGUGCGUGUGCCAGAGACAAAGGAACCAGGCUGACUAGCGCUAUGAAAGGCAAAGAGCUUUCACCUGUGAUUGGACAGAAAGGCAGACCUGUUUCUGACCAUGUGACCUCCUCUAGCAGCCUCCAGCAAAGCAUUGCCACAGGUCAGCUCGCCAGUGAACACAGCCCCCACACACUGAGGAAAGCUGCAAAGAAGGUGGUCCCCAUAGCUCCCAAAAUCCCAUUUGACCAGGCAGCAGGCCAGCCUUCCCCAGCAAGCCUUUCUCCCACACCUCCAAGCACUCCAUCACCAUAUGCUGCGAACUAUCCUCAAACCUACACUUUACCAUCAAGCCAAACACCCCCAGCUGCUCCAUCCCUGCCCUCUCCUCCAUCCCAGACAAGCACUUUAACGAAGUCUCGACCCACACUCAAGCCCAGACAAAGACCCACCCUUCCACCUCCACAGCCUCCUACAACAGGCCUUCCUGGGUCUAGUCCACAGCCUUUGGACCAUACAAUUUUAGACAACCUGUCAGCUGGAGAAAGCAUGUCUACAGAAAAUUCUUCCAGUGAAGAAGAAAUCCUGUGUAAAAUGUAACAAACCGAGCAAAAAGGCCUUCAAGAUGUGUCACAAGGCAGUGUCUUUCUUUAAUUGGCUGGUACAUUACUGAUUUCCAGAAUCCUAGCAACAAACCCUUUUCAACCUCUGCGGUUUCGUUUUUGAGAAACAACUGAUGAAAAAUAUUCUGAAGCUGGUGAAAAUUCAGUUGGAAGCAUCUCUUUCACAUUUCACUGUUCUUUGAAUUUUGGGAAGAAUGCUUCUUCUACCCACUGAUAAUGGCCUUUGCUGACAACCAUGAAAAAUGUAUUUCAGAUGUGACAGAAAUGCAGUACUGAUACACUAUGACGUACUUAACAUGACUCAGUUCAUGGGAUUGAGCACUGUUUUGAUUGAUGUACCUGGUAAACCUGGUACCCCACUCAACCUAACUGGUAGAGAAUAGACCAACUCAUCUCAAAAUGCAGUCAUCAGUACUCCAAGAAUAUGAUGUAUGAUGUCUGCAUAUCAUCCUUUGAGAUUCAAUUGUAAGAACUGGAAAAGAAUAAACAAUUUUGAAGAAUAUUAAUGUUACGAUUAACACUUUCAGAAGAUGGUUUACGCUGGGUCAAUUGUCUUUCACUGCCCAAAAAAUGUCAACCUUAUAUUGUUGGAGUGGGCAACCAGAUACUGAUUUAAAGCACCUUUUACACUGGGAUUUGACUUACUAUUUUAAAGAGAUUGGGAAAUAAUAGGCCCACUAGAAUCAAUAUAUGUAAAUAAAUGAAACUUUUUUUCUAGUGGGAAGAGGAGGAAUUCUAUUUUUAUUGCAGGUCUGUUAACUUCUGACAGUCACUUAAAAGCCAAAUAAUUUAACCAGCUUUUGCAAUUUACAAUUUUACAUCUAUUUUGUCACAUUUGCCAAGAACAAUGUAAGCCUGUUUCAAUAGUCAGAAGACCACAGGACACACAGAAAGUGAUCAUUUACCUGCCACCAAACAGCAAACGUUCCACAAAAAAUAAAAUUUGAGUAAAUUAAUUUAACUAGCUUGAGAAUCCAUUUGCUCAUCUGAUUUAAGUUCAAACUCACCAAAAUUAUAUGGAUAUGUGAAAGUAUUAGUAAAGCUUCCAAUAACCAUCCUUUUGAUCAAACACUCAUUCACUGAUUUUGUGAUAUUUGAUUUCUGAUGAAGUGCUAUUAUGUAUUAUCAUAAUGAACUCAAUUUUAAAGUUUAAGUUCAGGACAGUGCCUAAGAUUAUAUGCAAAUGUUUCCAAACCAUUCUAGUUUAGUUCACCUCGCUCCACUGAUUUCCCUGUCUCAUCCAGUUGGUAAUUAUUUUCGAUUGUGGUAUCAAAACAACAAAGACACAACAGAAUAAAAAUUGGGCUCAAAGCUGUUCAGGCUUUUAAUAAGAUGCAUUUUACAACCUCAUUUUCCUGAAUGGAAUUUAACAGUUUUCCAACAAGAGGGCUAUUGUCCCAAAUUGUUCUCUCUCUUCUUUGUCAAUAGACUUUUUAAAAUGAGUUAUUUCUCUUCUUUUGCUUACGUUUCUACAUCAAACAGGGGAGUGCUGCUCUCUCCCUGGACAGUGCAGCUGUUUAAGUCGUCAAUAUAGCCCAGCCUGGCUUGUGCUCUGAAAUUUCCUUGCCCCCCCACCACCUCACCACCUCACCACCUCACCCCACCCACAACCCACCACCCUCAGCAGCUGCCAAACAGCUGAAGUUUCCUUGUGGGUCAUUCUGAGCUUAUGUUUCCCAUGUCUGUGAUGCAGCAAUUUGCCCAAUCUUAGACCGAUUGGGCCAAAUGGGAUUAUCAAAGAGGAAAAGGUUCAUGAAGAAUUGUUAGUUCUUUCUCAUAGAAAAUCAAAAUCCACCAACCAGGUAGAUAGAAUUUUUCAUAUCAAUAAACAUCGACCUGUUCCAUGUGGCUGUAUUUUUGCUUUUGGAACUUUGACUUCUAAAUGUAAGAAGCUGAAGCCAUUUGUAAUAAGUGUCCUCACUUCAGUUUUCUGCCUCUAUUAUGUUGCUAGGGAGAAAAGUUGAGCUCUGCUGCAUGUUUAUCAAUGAUCUAUUUUUAAAGCCUCUCCAAACACUUAAAUAUUUCUACUUACCCACUUCCCUUCCAAGCAAGUCAAACAGCAGCUGCAUUUUGUAUAACAUCGAUGCUGUUCAGACAUGUGGAUGCAAAAUGAAUUAUAAUUUCAAUAGUCCAUAGGUAGGCAAAAAUGAUUGGCUCUUGUCACUGAUGAUUUAUUGUGUCUAAGCUUAUUACCAAUCUGGCUUAACAUAGAAUUCAGCAUUAGCUAACUAAUGAAUCAUGGGAUUUGAUAGCAAGCGAAGAUGUAUAAAAUACUGAAUGGGAUAGAAAAGACAGAUCUAGACACAAUUAAACCAUAACCAUGGGACGGGAGAGUGAAAGUUCAAUCUGACAUAAGGUAAGUUUAAAACUGAUAUCAGAAAGGCUACUUUAACAUCAAGAGUGAGCUUAUGUUAAUAUAACUUACAUUGGCAUACCCCUUGGAGUCAUUAGGAGUGUUGCUCUUGGACAUGAAAUACAAGCAUAAAUUUAAGUGGCCCAUCCAAUUCAAAUAGAAAAUGAUGGACGCUGUUGCAAAUAAAAUGGCAAAGGAAUUAUGGAAGUGCAAGGGAGGCAGAGAGCAUUGUUCUCCACUGAUUUAUAAUUGAUUAUGGCCAUGUCAUCACUCUAUUAAAUGCAUUACAAAAAUAGUAUUAAACAUGUAGAACAAACUCCUGAAUUGCUGCUGGCACUAACGGAACAAAACUCCCUGACUGAACAUCCUACCAACAUUGAUUAAAAACAAAAAACUGUGGAUAC